CUUAAGUCGUACGCGUUUGUCUUGCGGGUUUAGUAGCGUCCUUGAUUCCAUCUCAAUUGGCCGUGUGUAAAUUUGGGUUCACAAUAAAAAUCAUUUUUUCCCUUCAUUUCUGAUAAAUUUUCGAUUUUUUACAUUUCCUCAAUUCGGUUGACUUAUUGAAAUUCAAUAAAAAAAAAGUUCUGGUGCUAUUUGUGUUUGAAUAAGAUUCGUGCAAAAAUGAAUUCAUCGCUUGUCGAUAAUAAAACUGUAAAAAUCGAUAAACCGUUACCGCAAACCGAACACAAAAAUGUAAAGAUGGUUCGUGAGCAACAAAAAUCCGGUUGUAAAACACACGGCAGCGACAAUUUGACGGAGGAUCACAGUACCGGUGACAUAAUUUGUACGAAAUGUGCACUUGUGGUUGAAGAACGAAUGUUGUGUGUAGAAGCGGAAUGGCGAAAUUUUGCGGACGAUUCACAAGCGGAAAAAUGGGCAAAAUCUCGAACAGGUGAUACCGAAAAUCCAUUGCUCAGUGCUGAUUACAAUUUAGGCACCAUGAUAAAGUCAAUGGAUUCAAAUCCAAAAAACAUGACAUCAUUCAGCGGUAGCGUUGUACAACACUACAAACGACGCAGCAUUGAUAAUGCAUUGACACAUGCAUUCAAAGAAAUCGAUACAAUGGGCGAUCGCAUUAGCUUACCAUCGUCGGUAUUGCAAAGGGCCAAAGUGUUGUACCAACAAUUGUACAGAAACAUCAAAUUAAAAGGUAACAUUUUAUUGGUUGACACCAAAACGGCUGCUUGUUUGUAUGUCGCGUGUCGUAUGGAAAAUUGUUCACGAUCAAAAGGUGAAAUUUCGGCCAUUUAUGCGGUCAGCAAAAGUGCAUUGGCCGGUGCCGUUUAUCGAAUCUAUAAAAUACUUGGACUAAAAAUUUCGGAAUCAAACCGAAGCACCGAAAUGAUCGAUCGCUAUUGCGGAUACUUGGCAUAUUCGAAACAAGAGCUGAUAAAAGCCCGAAAAAUUUCCAAACUUAUUGAAUCACGCACACCAAAGACAAAAGCAAAGCUUCUGCCCGAAGUGAUUGCUGCUGCAUCAAUCUUCUUGGCUUCAGCCAGCAUUCGCGGAACACUUAGCGGUCGUGAACAUGUCGACAUGCGAAUACGGCUCAGCGAUGAAAUCGGUGAAGUUGUUGGCAUCAAAGGCAGUCAAAUCGUCCGAACAGCAAACUCAGUGAAAGAUGACAUCGAGCUCAUCGAUCAUGAUAUUUUUCAUUGAAUUUAAGAUCUUUCCGCUUUUUUUCGAAUCGAACUUACUUAACUUAGUUAAGGAAACAUGUAUUAAUCUCUAUAUUACGUAUUUUCAAGGUUUUGUUGAAGAAAAAAAAACCUCAAAAAUUUUACUCCUUUUUUGGUACUAACUACUAGUACACCGUUACAAAUUGGAAGACAAAAAUUUCAUUUCUUAGCUGUACUUUUUUUCGUAUUUUAUUUUUCGUUUCUAUAUGAAUAUUGUGGAACUUAUAAAAGUCACAAAUUGAAACAGUGACAUUAUAUUGAAUUGAAAACUUGAAGUCAAUUAAAAUUUGUUGAGUUAUCGUAAACUCAAUGAAUUCGGUUAGGAAACAUUGAUUGUAGAACAAAAACAACCGAAAAGACACUCUUUUUCUAUUGAAUAAAGAAAAUUUCAGAGUGAUUUCUGUAGCCCAA